AUGCUAGUGUAUAACCCCUUUGUCUUUUUAAUUGAAUGUCGUUUUCACGCCAAAGUUGGCGACUAUUGGUCAAUACAUUCGGACAAAUGUGGUCUCAAUGAAUCGUCAAACAACGUGACCGUCGUAUCAAAUCGUAUAAUCGAUGGACAGUCAACACGUUUGGGUGAAUUUCCAUGGAUAGUGUCCGUACAGAUUCGCAGACAAAGUGGCGAUGAAUUUAUAGACUCCUAUUGUGCCGGUGCUCUUAUAAACACUAAAUGGGUGCUCACAGUAGCUACUUGUCUACAAAAUAUAGAUUUAACUAUUGAUGUCAUACAAAUGUUUAUUGGAUCAAAUCAUCGACAAUUAGGCGACACGUAUUACGCGCAAAACAUCACAAUCUAUAAUAAUAAAAACAAUACCAGAAUGUUGGACAAUGAUAUAGCAAUUAUCAAACUGUCCCAUAAGUUUGCACCGUUAGUAUUCAACGACAAAAAUCGAUACUAUUUUAAAGUUAACACAAUAUGUUUGCCUAAAGCAAAUAUAACAAAUGUUAACCGGGAACCGGCUAUUUUUAGUGGUUGGGGUGCAAUCGUUAAAGAGGGCACAAACAUGACGGAUAACUUAAAGAAAGCCGAGUAUCUCAUUGAUAAUAAUUACAAACAGUGUAAUAAUAAUAAUAUUUGUGUUAAUGAAAAUUGGUAUAUACCUUGUUUUGGAGACAGUGGUUCGCCGUUAAUACAAUAUGACGGCGAAAGGGCAGUACUGAUAGGGCUGUUCUCUCAUUCGGUGCCGACAAACACCGGUAACUCUACAAUUGAUAAUCAAUGUCAUCCCGGGUGGCAAUACUUUACACGUGUAUCAUAUUAUGUCGAUUGGAUUAUUGAUACAAUCAAUACUAUUGAAUAUCACGAUAAUGAGGAACUGUCUAAUAAAAAGUUGACUCAACAGAGACCAAAUGUUUUAUUAGUUAUUGUCAUUUUCCUAAUAAUUGUCUCAUUAUCGCUGAUAGCUGUGAUACUUGCCAUCAAAUUUAAAAGUGAUUCAGAACGUGAAUAA